CAGAAGGUGUCCAACCAUCCUCCUCCUCCUCAUCAUCGGUACCGUGCGAGUGGACUUGGACUGCAGCACCCACGCGAACCUGGCUUGAUUUUGGAUUGUCCAAUUAUCUCCAGCGCUCCGGUUGGAGUCCUGAGUGUUUUUCUUCCAGAGACGCCAUGAUCCACGGGGAGGACCGUCGAGUCCCCCCAGCAGACAGCAGCGUUGACACCCAAAGGCAGUCGGCUGAAAGGUGACCUCCAGACACUUCACCUCCCCCGAAAGUAUUUGAAUAUGCCCGGACAUAACAAUGACCUCCAACAGCACAAACCUUGGUCUCUUCCUGAUUCCCAACACCUCGCCACCCUCAGCGGGUUCUUACCCCCAGUCCAAUGCUCUCCACCAAGCAGGAACAUUACCCUGGUUGGUUCUCCACCUGGACACCCUCAGUGACAACUCCUCCUCUGUUGUUUCCCUCUUCAACCUCACCUCGGGAUUACAUCCUGGCAAUGAAACAUCAGCUCCGGAUCCCUUGGGUGGGCACACCGUGUGGCAGGUGGUCCUUAUUGUGCUGCUGACAGGGAUGCUCUCCCUGGUCACCAUCAUUGGGAACAUCCUGGUGGUGGUGUCCUUCAAGGUGAACCGCCAGCUAAAGACAGUGAAUAACUACUUCCUGCUGAGCUUGGCCGUGGCCGACCUCAUCAUCGGGGUCAUCUCCAUGAACCUCUACACGGCCUAUCUAGUGAUGGGCUACUGGGCCUUGGGGAACUGGGCCUGCGACCUGUGGCUGGCUAUCGACUAUGUCGCCAGCAACGCAUCAGUGAUGAACCUUCUGGUCAUCAGCUUUGACCGCUACUUUUCCGUAACCAGGCCUCUGACUUACCGGGCUAAACGGACGACAAAGCGAGCCGGGAUCAUGAUCGGAUUGGCCUGGUUUGUGUCCCUGGUACUGUGGGCACCUGCCAUCCUCUUGUGGCAGUACUUUGAAGGCCAAAGGACGGUGCCGCCUGAUAAAUGCUACAUUCAGUUCCUCCAGCAGCCCACCAUCACCUUCUGCACCGCCAUGGCAGCUUUCUACCUUCCUGUGACCAUUAUGAGCGUCCUUUAUUGGCGCAUCUAUAAGGAGACAGAGAACCGCUCCAAAGAGUUAGCGGGACUGCAGGGCUCAGGGGCUCGCGGUGGUGGGAUAUCGGCGAAGAACGGCGGUGUCGACAGAGCGCGUUUUGCGCGUCAAACCGGCAGUUCCAGAAGCUGCAGCAGCUAUGAGCUGACCAGGUUGUCCCAAAGAAAGAGUGCCUGUCGGGAGCUUGUCAGUCGCCUCCACUGCUGGCCGGGGGUUAGAUCCUGGAGACCUGGUAGUAUCCGACAAGGCGAGGGCGACCCGGAUCAGAGCAGUAGCGACAGCUGGAACAACAACGACAAUGCAGUCUCACUGGAACAGUCUGGGUCAUCAGACGAUGAAGACUGCGGCGGUAGAGACAGCCACACUAUCUUCUCUAUUGUUCUCAGCCUGCCUGGUAUCAAAGCUGCUGUCGACUCACACCUCACUUCCUGUGAAGACCUGGAUGAAGCCUCAGAGCAGGACCCACUGAAGGGGGUGGAAGAUAACCAAGAUAGCACUAGUCAGAAUGCAGAAAACAGCUACCACCAACGCUUCUGUUCCCGCAAGAUUCAGUCCAUGCCGGCCAUCCGGGCCACCCAGAACUCUGUGGAUGGGACGCCAACCACGUCUGCUGACGCUACCACGACCGCCGGUGCGGCCACCAAAUCCCCCACCGUCCCGAUGUCAUUCAAGGAGGCAGCUCUUGCCAAGCGUUUUGCCGCUAGAGCUCGGACUCAGAUCUCCAAGAGGAAGCGCAUGUCCCUAGUGAAGGAAAAGAAAGCCGCCCAGACCCUCAGUGCCAUCCUUUUUGCGUUCAUCAUCACAUGGACGCCGUACAACAUCAUGGUCCUCAUCAACGCCUUCUGCAAGGGCUGCAUCCCGGACACGAUAUGGGCGGUGGGCUACUGGCUGUGCUACGUCAACAGCACCGUCAACCCCAUGUGCUACGCCCUGUGCAACAAGACCUUCCGCACCACCUUCAAGAUGAUACUGCUAUGCCGCUGGGACCAGAAACGGCGGAGGAAGCAGCAGUUCCAGCAGCGGCAGUCGGUGGUCUUCCACAGGAGGAUUCCCAGAGAGUCCACGUAAAAAACAAAGAGGUUGUUGAUGGAACGAAAGCAAGGGGCUCCCUGAAAGAGUCUCUUCCACCAUAGAAAGUUUGGAUGUAUGUCCAUGUUUAUGCUCCAGGUGCUCCACAAGAACAUUUUGUCUUGGAGGACUAGAAAAGGGCUUUAAACGGAACUUGUUAGCGGGUGAAGUAUUUAAGUGCAAUUGACUGGAGGCUAAAGGGUUGUCACACAGUUAAAUCGUUCCUCUUUUUUUGUCGCUAGCUACAUUUGUAACGUGCAGAGUGCUUUUCGCCUUGGUAAACACAACUUUGUGUGAAUGAAAUACUACAAGACUGUGUGGUGUUCACCGACCAUCGGAUCUCCUGUACAUCGCCUUCCUGCUUCGGUAUAGGUUGUGUUUUAUGGGAUAUAAAAUAUUCUACAUUUGUGAAAAAAUGUUAUUUUUUGUGCUAUUCGUUUUAUUUUCAUUAAUAUUCUUGAACUUUUUGAGCCAGUCUUUUGAUGAUGAAUAUGAGUUGUGAAUAUUCCAGACAGGCAGUGAAUUGCUCCUGUGUUCAAUGUGACGACAACGAGUCUUGGUUGUGUUCUUGUACUUUUCCUGUACGCAGUUGUGAUUAUACAAUGAUGGUAUUCUGUUAUGUGUACUUUUCUGACCCACAAACAAAAAUUAUCUACGACAAAAUGGUGUUAAAUCAGUGCAAGAAUGCAGUUGUUGUUUCAUUGGAGCAACGGCGGCCUCUUGUGGCGAAAGAGGGACCUACCGUUCUUACGGCCAACCCCAUUCAGAGGAAGGGAAAAUUGUGUUCAAAUUAUUUGAUGAAUUGUAAUAAUGAUUAAACAUAAAAAAUACGGUUAUUACUUUUCUGUUUUAUUUUAUUGCACAUAAGUCGUUUAAAUUCACAUUGAAGGUUGGUUGUUUUUAAAGAUGGUCAACUUUAGGCUACAGUUCUUUGCUACCCUCUGGUGGCUGAUUAUGGUAUAGCACUUGAAACUUAGUUUUGGUGAUAAUUUUUUUAAUCUACUUGUAAUAAGGGACAUCUUGAUUGACAGUUGCCAUCUUUAAAAUACAGUGUAUACUUCUGAGUAUUGUACAAUUGACAGAUGCCCUUCUACUGUUUAUGUACUGUGUGCAAAAAAAAAUGUUAAAAACCUUUUUGUCACUUGGUAUUUGAUAUGCACCCAUCACAAAGACUUUUAUGAAGAACAUUUUGGUCUUAAGUACUGGGAAUGUAAACAUGGUGAACACAAGUUUGUUUUGUUUUGUUACGUUUAAAGUAUGCCAAUCAUAUUUUAAGUCAAUAAACAGUCCAAACUGAUCUGCCGCCUCAUUUUGACAUUUU